AAUUUUGAAUUUAACCGUUGUUAACUGUGUGAGUAUCGUAGCAUGCUCUCAAUUUAAGUUGAAAAGUUAAUCUUCCUGCUCUGGUCGAUUUUUGUAGGAAAAUUAGUAAAUAAUAAAUCAAAAAAGAUAUUUUUCUCCGUAUCUUAAGACAUUAUUUAAUUAAUAAAUCAUUUAUAAUAUUCAUAAAUUAUAAUGGACAAUUUCAUCAGAAUCGAAAAGAUUGGAGAAGGUACAUAUGGAGUUGUAUAUAAGGGAAAACAUAAAAAAACUGGUGAAAUUGUUGCGAUGAAAAAGAUACGAUUGGAAAGUGAGGAUGAAGGAGUUCCAUCAACAGCCAUUAGAGAAGUAUCAUUACUGAAGGAAUUGAAGCAUCCAAAUAUUGUAAGUCUUAUGGAUGUAUUAAUGGAGGAAUCAAAACUAUACCUUAUAUUUGAAUAUCUCACAAUGGAUCUUAAAAAAUAUAUGGAUAAUUUGGGAACUGAAAAACUUAUGGAUCCAGGGUUAGUUAAAUCAUAUUUAUAUCAGAUAACAAGAGCUAUUUUAUUUUGUCAUCAACGUAGAGUACUUCAUCGUGAUUUAAAACCACAAAAUCUUUUAAUAGGUAAAAAGGGAGUUAUAAAAGUAGCUGAUUUUGGUUUAGGCAGAGCAUUUGGCAUACCAGUGCGUGUUUAUACACACGAGGUUGUAACAUUAUGGUAUAGAGCACCUGAAAUUCUUUUAGGAGCAAAUAGAUAUACUUGCAGCAUUGAUAUGUGGAGCAUUGGUUGUAUUUUUGCAGAAAUGGCAACAAGAAAGCCAUUAUUUCAAGGAGAUAGUGAAAUAGAUCAAUUAUUUAGAAUAUUUCGUGUGCUGAAAACCCCAACGGAAGAAAUUUGGCCAGGUGUUACACAGCUAGCUGAUUAUAAAGCAACUUUCCCCAAUUGGAUAACAAAUAAUUUGCAAUUACAAGUAAAAAAUUUGGAUAAAAAUGGCCUAGAUUUAUUAGAUGCAAUGCUAACAUAUGAUCCAGCAGCAAGAAUAACAGCCAGGGAUGCAUUGUUGCACUCUUAUUUUGACGACUUAGAUAAAAGGAAAUUACCAACUGCAUAAAACUUCAUUAAUUUUAGUUCCAUGUACUAUUGUUUUUUUUUUAGUUUUACCUUUAACAUUUAAUAUCAC